GCGUGAGCCCUGUGCCAAACAUGCUCUCGCAACUUCUAGAUUGUUCACUAGAAUAUUGUAUUGUUCUUCAGUUGCCGAACAGAAAGUUGUCAAGCAUAUUUUACUAGCAGAUCCGCGUUAACUCCAGUCGCGACAAUUGAACUGAACGUGACCCUAGCCUCAGUUUAUAUAUUUGGAUUAUAGACUAUAAUUCGGGAAGUCAGCAUUGCGUCGACUUUAGUGGGAUGGACCUUUAUUAGUUUCGGAUUGUUGUAUAGCGAUAGUACCGCAAGCUAACCAUUAGACGGGGCAGUUCAUAAUGACCCAAACCGACCCACAUGACGGGAUAAUGGGGUGCCUGUCUGACGCCUAUAGUAACAGCGAUGACAAACUUAAUAACUAGUAUAACUUGGACCCAACCAAAGGUGGGUGCACAGGAGGGUGGUCAUGUAAACAAACAGAGCGAUCGGAACAGAACUAGCGAUGGAAGAAUCCAAGUUGCACAUUAAGAAGUUUCCCGUGUCGGUGGGCGUUCUGCGCAGGAAAUACCCCUCCUCCACGAGUCAAACGGUGAAAUCCCAGCCGUCCAACAUUUCAGCAGAGAACCAGCCAGCCCGCACGAUCAGAGAAGUAAGGGAGAUUCGGGCACUAAUGAUUGACUUGGGAACGGGCUACAUUAAGGCCGGCCUCGCUGGCCGGUGCAAGCCAGCGGUUACCGUCUCGUCCAUUGUGGGCAGACCAAUGCAGCGCAGCGUCAAGACCGGAGACAACCGUAAGGAGAGCUUCGUGGGCAGAGAGCUGACGGCUCCCGCCGAGCUUCGGCUGAGCAAUCCGCUCUACCACGGCGUGGUGGUAGACUGGGACGGUGCGGAGACCGUAUUGGACUACGUGCUGGCGAAGGAACUGAAGGCGAAACCAGAGGACCAUGCCGUGAUGGUGGCCGACCCGCCACUCAGUCCGAUAACGAACAGGGAGAAGAUGGCCGAGCUCCUCUUUGAGACAUUUGGGUUUCCGGCCUUGCACAUCGCUAGGCAGUCUGUGCUCUCCAUCUACGCUUACGGUUGCACCUCGGGGCUGGUGGUGGACUGCGGCCACGGAUACUCCAGCGUGGUGCCCAUUCACGAAGGCUACAUCAUCCCCCACAUCGCCACCACCGUAAACUACGCUGGCAACGACCUAACCAAGUACCUGAUGAAUCUCCUCAAUCAGAACGGUCACAUGUUGAGCACCAACGACUACCAAACAGUGGAGUAUAUCAAACAUAAAUAUUGCUGCACUGCCGCUGAUUUCGAGACGGAGCUUUGUGAGGAACCCAGGGAAUCUUCAGUGCAGUAUCAACUUCCUGACGGCAAAGUGAUCACUAUAGACAAAGAGAAGAUCAAGUGCCCCGAGGCCCUCUUUAAUCCAGCCUUCAUGGGUUCCAGUGAGCCUGGACUCCACACCAUAGCUUUGAAUGUCAUCAACAAGUGUGACAGCUCAAUCCUGGAAGAGAUGUCCAGGAACAUCUUACUCUGUGGUGGGUCCAGCAUGUUCCCUGGCUUUCCUGUCCGUUUCCGGAAGGAGUUGAGGAAACUGGCGCAGGAUAUGAACCUGCAGGUCCGGGCAAUUCCCAUAAGGAGAUACUCUGUUUGGUUUGGAGGAUCGAUCUUAAGUUGCCUCAAAAUCUUCCAACAAUUAUGGAUCAGCAAGAAAGAUUAUGAUGAACAUGGACCAAUUGCAGUAUAUCAUAAAUAUUUCUAAAAAAGGCCCUUGUGCGUAACUGAUAUUCAUUAUCAAACCUAACUAAUUCUAAAUUGGGGUUAAAUUAUAGAGGUAAUAAAAUCUUUUAAAUCGGUGUGAUUGUUGGUAUGUUUAAGCAUUGUACUUUUAAAUGAAAUCCAAAGUGCACCAAAAUGUGUUACCUCACAUGAAAUCCCGCCAUUGAAGGUGGUGAGACUACCAAGUUUGCAGGUUAGUGUACCUUGGGCUAAACAUAGCUUUGGUCUGGCCGGCUUGGAUGGUGUCUGAACUGUGCAGAGACGGUGCCUGUGCUGCUCUCCUGCCAGUGCUCAUUCAUAAUAAUUCAAAUUAUUUUACAAUUUGGACUGCUUUUGCUUGAUUAUCUGUUGUUAGUGUAUAUUUCGGGCUGGUGGGGCUCGUCAGCCUUGGACGGCAGCCCACCUUGGAGAAAGAAAACUCUGAUUUUAAACCUCCACUGCCUUGUGGCCAUACCCACCCAUGGGAAAGGCUUCAGAAGUAAACCCCAGGGAAGAAAUCUGGAGCCGGGGUCCCUAAGGCAGUUUGAUGUUGUUUACAGCUUCAUUCUGGCAGCCUCUGUGAUGACACUAGUGCUAGGCUGUAUCAGCACUUGCCCUUCCCUUGGACUACAUCAGCGACGUGGAGAGGGGGAACCCGCUGCAUGGGCAACAGCCAGUUCUUCAAAUGUUUCCACCCAGGAGAGGACACAGUCCACCAGAGGCGUAACCCCAUGAUCCCCUGGGAUUGACGGCUGCCUACUAUGAGUGUAUUAUUAUGGGUUGCUUUAAAUGUUGUUACAUGUAAAGCAGUAUUUUUGGUUUCCUCAGAUGGGUGAUGUUGCAGCCUGCAGAAUGACCUUGGAUCCUUUCCUGAUCCUAGAUAGCUAAUCUCUUCCAUCCCAGUAUCUCCCAUAACAUUUCCACAGUUUACCUAAAUUCUUAUCUGGCCUAUUUCCAGUUUCCACCACUCAGUUUUUUGAGGUUAUGCCUUUAUGUUUUGCCCAAAUCGCUGGAAUCCCUUCCUGAAACCUCUCCACUUUUAAGACACUUCUUCAAGCCUCUAUCUUUGAGAAAGUUUUUCAUCAAGUGUCCAUCUAUUUAUGAGGUUUGUGACCAAAUUUUCUUUAGAAGUGUUUGUGCAAUUAUCUAGAAUGUAUUUCUUCUUAAAGAUGUUCAGUUGAAUGUAAGUUAUUGUUGCUCUCUUUAAUCUGAUAUUUCCUGUGAUUAAAACAUUCAUGAUUGUGAACGUUUUCUUCUUCCUCACAGUUUGCUGGGAUUGUGGCCAUUUUCACCCAGUUGCUGAGGAUGACGAGUCUGAUUUCCUGUUCCUACGUGGAUUUAUUGAUUCUUGGUUUGGAGUGUCAGCAGCGGGUUCAGCUGAUUAUCCUCCACGAUUAUUUAAUCAAAUUGGCAUCAGCCACACAUAUUAACUCAAUCAACAUGGCAAAGUGCACUAGAGCUGAUAUUACUUUCCAACAUUUGUUGCUGCGUUAUUGCAGUGAAAUAGUUAACUAUUCAUUGGUGAUGGCUGGCACUGUUCUUAAUGCAUUGUGUUAGAAAUCCAUGUUUCCUACAGCAUUCUUAUCCACAGAUUCUGGAAUAAGAUAGAGAAUUGUUUAUCUAGGUAGAAAACAAUCAACUGUAACAUCCCAUAAAAUCAGAGUCAAUUUUAGCAAAAUUCCAGCUAUGAAGAGGGGAAUAAUCUGCAGAUCAAAGCAUUCUGCUUUUACACAUCCACGGUAAACAAAACAGCUCAUUUCAAGAGCUGGAGAUGCAAGAGAUUGUUAGUGCUGGAAUCUGGAGCAACAGAAAAAAAAACUGCUGGAGGAACGGAUGUCCCAAUGCAGGGUUUCAACUGAAAUACUGUUCCUUUUGCUCUACAGAUGCUGCUUGACCUGCUGAACUCUUCUAGCAAAUAACAAGCAGGAUAGACUAAGGAGAUACAGUUGAUGUUGUGUACUUGGAUUUUCAGAAGUCCUUUGACAAGGUGCCACAUGUGAGGCUGCAUAGCAUGCUAUGAGUCCAUGGUAUUACAGGAAAAAGCAGUGGCUGAUUGGCAGGAAGCAAAGGAUGGGAUUAAAAGGAGCCUUUUCUGGCUGGCUGCCAGUGGCUAGCGGUGAUCCACAGGCGUUUGUGUUGGGACAGGUUCUUUUUAUGUAAUAUGUCAAUGAUUUGCAUGAUGGAAUUGAUGGCUUUGUUGCAAAGUUUGCGGACAAUACGAAGAUAGGUGGGGGGCAGGUAGUUUUGAUGGAAUAGGCUACGGAAGGACUUGGAUUAGGAGAAUGGGUGAAGAAGUGGCAGAUGGAAUAGAGUGUCGGGAAAUGUAUGGUCAUUAACUUUGUUAGAAGAAAUGAAAGGGUUGACUAUUUUCUAACUGGAGAGAAAAUACAAAAAACCUGAGGCAUAAAGGGAUCUGGGAGUCCUUGUGUGGGACCCCUUGAAGGUUAAUUUGUAGGUUAAGUCAGUGGUGAGGAAGGCAAAUGCAAUGCUAGCAUUCAUUUCAAGAGGACUAGAAUAAAAAAGCAAGGAUGUAAUGUUGAGACUUUAUAAAGCACCUAUAUCUUUUGGAUUUAUAUACUCCUCACUUGGAGCAUUGUGAGCAGUUUUGGGCCCCUUUCUUGGAAAGGAUGUGCUGAAACUGCAGAGGAGGUUCACAAAACUGAUCCCAGGAUUGAAUGGCUUGUCGAAUGAAACAUCUGAUGGCUCUGGGCCUGUAUUCACUGGAAUUCAGAAGAAUGAAGGGUGACCUGAUUGAAACCUGUAGAAUGAUGAAAGGCUUUGAUAGAGUGGAUGUGGAAAGGAUGUUUCCUAUGGUGGGAGAGUCUAAGAGCAAAGACACAGCCUCAGGAUAGAGGUUGUCAGUUUGGAAUGGUAGUGAGGAGGAAUUUCUUUAUCCAGACAGUGCUGAACCUGUGGAAUUCUUUGCCACAGGUAACUGUGGAGACCGUCUUUAUAUUUAAGGCAGAGGAUGAUAGAUUCUUGAUUGGUCAAGGUGUGAAUGGAUAUGGGGGAAGGCAGGAGAUUGGGGCUGAGAGGAAACGUGGAUUAGCAGUCAGCAAUCAGAAAUGUGCGGGCGACAGAGUAGUGGGAGACAGAGUAGGAAGGCUUUGGCUCAAUGGGGCUUCGGCGAUAAAGGGUCGAGAUGAGGUAGGUUAUCUGUUUAGAAUACAGACAGAAAGUGUGUGUGUGAGACUGGUUUUCUGUGCUUGGUGACAGAUGUGGGAGGACCUGGAGACUCCCAGCCUCUCAGGUGGCCACAUCUGCACCAGGUGCGUUGAGCUGCAGCUCCUUAGGGACAGGGUUAGGGAACUGGAGAUGCAGCUCGAUGACCUUCAUCUGGUCAGGGAGAGUGAGGAGGUGAUAGAGAGGAACUAUAAGCAGGUAGUCACUCUGGGGCCUGGGGAGACAGAUAAGUGGGUAACAGUCCAGAGGGGGAAGGGCAAGAAGCAGGUGCUAGAGAGUACCCCAGUAGUUGUGCCCUUUAACAAUAAGUACUCCUGUUUGAGUGCAGUGAUCAGGGACUCUAUAGUUAGGGGGUCAAACAUUGAGACAAGGAAAGAAUGGUAGGAUUCAAGAACUGUGAUGUACCAAGGCUGUUGUAAAUCUAGUCAAGAAAAAAAGAGCUUAUGAAAGGUUCAAAAAACUAGGUAAUGAUAGAAAUCUAAUAGAUUAUAAGGCUAGCAGGAAGGAGCUUAAGAAUGAAAUUAGAGGAGCCACAAAGGGCCAUGAGAAGGCCUUGGCGGACAGGAUUAACGAAAACCCCAAGGCAUUCUACAAGUAUGUGAAGAGCAAGAGGAUAAGACGUGAGAGAAUAUGACCAAUCAACUGUGACAGUGGAAAAGUGUGUAUGGAACCAGAGGAGAUGGCAGAGGUACCUAAUGAAUACUUUGCUUCAGUAUUCACUACGGAAAAGGAGCUUGGCGAUUGUAGGGAUGAUUUGCAGUGGACUGAAAAGCUUGAGUAUGUAGAUAUUAAGGACGAGGAUGUGCUGGAGCUUUUGGAAAGCAUCUAAUUGGAUAAGUCACUGGGACCAGACGGGAUGUACCCCAGGCUACUAUGGGAAGCGAGGGAUGAGAUUGCUGAGCCUCUGGUGAUGAUCUUUGCAUCAUCAAUGAGGACGGGAGAGGUUCCAGAGGAUUGGAGGGUUGCAGAUGUUGUUCCCUUAUUCAAGAAAGGGAGUAGGGAUAGCCCAGGAAAUUAUUGACCAGUGAGUCUUUCUUCAGUGGUUGGUAAGUUGAUGGAGAAGAUCCUGAGAGGCAGGAUUUAUGAACAUUUGGAGAGGCAUAAUAUGAUUAGGAAUAGACAGUGUGGCUUUGUCAAAGGUAGGUUGUGCCUUACAAGCCUGAUUGAAUAUUUUGAGGAUGUGACAACACAUUGAUGGGGGUAGAGCCGUAGAUGUAGUGUAUAUGGAUUUUAGUAGGGCAUUUGAUAAGGUACCCCAUGCAAGGCUUACUGAGAAAGUAAGGAGGCAUGGGAUCCAAGAGGACAUUGCUUUGUGGAUCCAGAACUUGCUUGCCCACAGAAGGCAAUGAAGAAUGAAGAAUGGUUGUAGACAGGUCAUAUUCUGCAUGGAGCUCGGUGACCAGUGGUGUGUCUCAGGGAUCUGUUCUGAGACCCCUACUGUUUGUGAUUUUUAUAAAUGACUGGAUGAGGAAGUGGAAAGAUAGGUUAGUAAAUUUGCUAACACAAAGGUUGGGGGUGUUUUUGAUAGUGUGGAGGGUUGUCAGAGGUUACAGCGGGACAUUGAUAGGAUGCAAAACUGGGCUGAGAAAUGACAGAUGAAGUUCAACCCAGAUAAAUGUGAGGUGGUUCAUUUUGGUGGGUCAAAUAUGAUGGCACAAUAUAGCAUUAAUGGCAAGUCUUGGCAGUGUGGAGGAUCAGAGGGAUCUUGGGGUCCGAGUGCACAGGACACUCAAAGCUGCUACGCAGGUUGACUCUGUGGUUAAGAAGGCAAAUGGACCAUCGACCUUCAUCAAUCAUGGGAUUGAGUUUAAGAGCCGAGAGGUAAUGUUACAGCUGUAUAGGACCCUGGUCAGACCCCACUUGGAGUACUCUGCUCAUUUCUGGUCGCCUCACUACAGGAAGGAUGUGGAAACCAUAGAAAGGCUGCAGAGGAGAUUUACAAGGAUGUUGCCUGGAUUGGCGGCAUGCCUUAUGAGAAUAGGUUGAAUGCACUUGGCCUUUUCUCCUUGGAGUGACGGAGGAUGAGAGGUGACCUGAUAGAGGUGUACAAGAUAAUGAGAGACAUUGAUCGUUGAUCAUUGGGGCAUGGAUAGUCAGAGGCUUUUUCCCAGGGCUGAAGUGGCUCACACGAGAGGGCAUAGUUUUAAGGUGCUUGGAAGCAGGUACAGAGGAGAUGUCAGGGGUAAGUUUUUUUACGCAGAGAGUGGUGAGUGCAUGAAAUGGGCUGCUGAUAGCGGUGGUGCAGGCGGAAGUGAUAGGGUCUUUUAAGAGACUCCUGGGUGGAUACAUGGAGCUUAGAAAAAUAGAGGGCUAUGGGUAAGCCUAGGUAGUCCUAAGGUAAGGACAUGUUUGGCACAGCUUUGUGGGCUGAAGGGCUUGUAGUUUUCUAUGUUUCUAAUGAUGAAAUGGUGGAGCAGACUAGAUGGGCCAAAUAGCCUAAUCUGCUCCUCUAUCUUAUGGUCUUAUACACAGCUUACUGAAGAGCUGAAUCAAUCAAUUUGAAUAAAAAGUACUGAACUGCAUCAUAGUGUACGAAAAUAUGGUGCUAACCAGAAAACUCAACACUACAAUAUAAACUAAUACUGUAAGGGAAAGGGAAUAGGCAGACUUUGUAUAUGACCCCUGUGGCUGUUCUCCUUGACAGUAAGUAUACUACUUUGAAUACCGUUGGGAGGGAGGAACCCACCAAGGGAAAGUCACAGCAAUAGGUCUUUGCAAUGAGUCUGGUCUGUGGUUCAAAAGGAAAGGGGAGAGCAGUGGUGAUAGGGCAGGGGUUCUCAACCUUUUUUAUGCCAUGGGCCCCAAGUUGGUAACUUAUGAGUUAGGGGAAGAAUCAGGAGUUUCUGGGGGUGUAAAAGAGACUCUGAGAUGGUAUGUUACCUCCCAGAUCGAGGGUCAGGGAUGACUCUGGGAUGGGAAGCGGAGAGAUAGUUGCUAAGAGGAAGGUUGAGCAGGCAAAAAAUUCUGUUACAGAUUGGUAUUAACAGCAGGCUGGAGAAGGGAUGAGGUCCUGAAGAGAGCAAUAUAGGCAGGAAGGUGAAAAGCAGGACCUUGGGUGGUGAUCUCUGGAUUGCUGCCUGUGCCACGCACCAGUGAGAGUAAGAAUAGGAGUAUUUGGCGGACAACACUGCGGCAAAGAAACUGGUGUAGGAAAUCGGGUUUCAGAUUUGUGGAUCAUUGGGAUCUCUUCUGGGAAAGGUAUGACCUGUACAGAAGGGAUAGGUUACACCUCAACUUGCGAGAGACUAAUAUCCUUGAGAGCAGGUUUGCUGAAGCAGUUGGGGAGGGUUUAAACUAGAUUGGCAGGAGGGUGGGAACCAGAGAGAUAGUUCUGAGGAUGGGCAGUUGGUGUAAAGGUAAAUAUAGGAUGGAGAAAGACUGAGGACGGAUAGGCAGUGGAAAGGGCAUAACUGCAGUCCAUUGGAUGGGUUCAGACAUGUCUAUUUUAAUGUGAGAAGUAAUAGGAACAAGGGCAAUGAACUUAGAGCAAGGUACAGUACAUGGAACUGCAACGUUGUGACCAUUGCAGAGACACAACUGUCACAAGGGCAGGUAAUGGUUACUAGAUGUUCUGGGAUUUUGGUGUUUUAAAAGGGACAAGGGUUGGGUGGAGGAGUGGCAUUGGUAAUCAGGGAUAUUAUCACUGCUGCAGAAAGGGAAGGCAUCAUACAGGAAUUGUCUCUUGAGUCAGUCAGAAACAGGAAGGGAGCAAUCACUCUAUUGUGAGAAUUCUAUAGACCCCCUAAUAGCAACAGAAUCACUAAAGUGCAGAUCAGGAGGCAGAUUUUGAAAACAUGCAAAAUUAACAGGGUUGUUGUCAUGGGUGACUUCAACUUCCCUAAUAUCGAUUAUCAGCUUCUUAGUGCAAAGGGGAUUGGACAGAAUUUGUUAGGUGUGUCUAGAAAGGACUCCUGAAGCAGUAUGAAGACAGGCAGACUAUAGGAGAGGUCAUACUGGAUCUGGAUCUGGGUAAUGAACCUAGUCAGAUAUGACAGAUUUCCUCUCGGGUGAGCAUUUCGGAGAUAACUCCUUAACAUUUAUUAUAGCCUUGAACAGGGAUAGGAACAUUAUGGGAAAGUAUUGGUGGGGGAGAUUAUGAAGCUAUUAGGCAGGACCUUAGGAAUGUAAAUUGGGAGAAGAUGUUCUCAGGGAAAUGCACAACAGAAAUGGGGGAACAAUUGGGGAAGUCCAGAACUAGGGGUCACAGUUUAAGGAUAAAGGGGAAGCCUUGAUGAGGAAAAUCUUCUUCUCACAGAGAGUAGUGAAUCUGUGCAAUUCUCUGCCACAGGAAACAGUUGAGGCUGGUUCAUUGGCUAUAUUUAAGAGGAAGUUAGAUAUGGCCCUUGUGGCUAAAGGGAUUGGGGGUAUGGAGAGAAAGCAGGUACAGGGUUCUGAGUUGGAUGAUCAGCCAUGAUCAUACUGAAUGGCGGUGCAGGCUUGAAGGGCCGAAGGGCCUACUCCUGCACCUAUUUUCUAUGUUUCUAUGUUUAAAAAUUUCAUGGGGUUCUGAACAAGUUUGUCCCUUUAAGGCAGGGGAAGGAUGAUAGAGUGAAGGACCCAUGGUUGACAAGCGAUGUGGAACAUCUAGUCAAGAGAAAGAAAGAAGCUUACUUAAGAUUUAGAAAGCAAGGAUCAGACAGGGUUCCUGAGAGUUACAAGGAGCUUAAGUAUGUACUUAGGAGAGCCAAAGUUCUAGAAGGGGACCUUGGUGAGUAGGGUUAAGAAAAAUCCCAAGUAAUUCUAUACAUAUGUGAAGAACAGCUAAAUGGCUAGAGUGAGGGUAUGAUAUCAGAAUAGGACAGGCUAAUAUGCUAGAACAUGUCGAAGUUAAUAUGGGAAUUUGCUGGAACUUUUGGUAAACAAAAAUUAGGAUAGGUAAGUCCUGGGGCCAGUUGGGUGCGGCUCAGGUUACUACAGGAAGCGAAGGAAGAGAAUGCUCUGCCUUUGGCAAUGAUCCUUGGCCAUAGGAGUAGUUCCAGAGGAUUGGGGAAUGGCAAAAGUUAUUCCUUUGUUCAAGAAUGGUGGUGGGGUUAAUCAUGGGAAAUAUAGAUCAGUGAAUAAGGAAACAAUUAAGGAGGAUUUUUAGAGAGAGAAUUUAUGACCAUUUGGAGAAGCAUAGUGCGAUUAGGGAUUGUCAGUAUGGCUUUGUGAGUGGUAGGACAUGCCUCACGAGUUCGAUUGAAUCCUUUGACAAAAUGAUAAAACAAACUGAAGGCCAACCAGUCGAUGUGGUGUUUAUGGAUUUUAGUAAGGCAUUCAACAAGCUUCCCCAUAGUAGGCCCAUUCAGAAAGUUGGGAGACAUGGGAUCCAGGAGAACUUGGCUGCAUGGGUUCAGAAUUAGCGUCCACAGAAGACAGAGGGUGAUAGUAGUUGGAGCAUAUGCUGCUUGGAGGUCGAUGACCAGUGAUGUUCUGCAGAGAUAUGAUCUGAGACACUGCUCUUUGUGAUUUCCAUAAAUGACUUCGAUGAGGAAGUGGAAGGGUGGGUUAAUAAGUUUGUAGAUGACAUGAAGGCUGGUGGUGUUGUAGAUAGAGUAGAAGGUUAUAAGUAGAGGGAUAGGGGGAUCUUAGGGUUCAUGUCCAUAGAUUCCUCAAAAUCAACACACAAGUUGAUAGAGUGGUUAGCCUUCAUUAGUUGCUGCAGGGAAUUGCAUUUACGAGCUGUAAUGUUACAAUUCUAUAAAGCUCUGGUUAGACAGAGUAUUGUGUUCAGUUUUGGUUGUCUCAUUAUAGGAUGGAUGUGGAAGCUUUAGAGAAAAUGCAGGGGUGUUUUACCAGGAUGCUGUCUGGAUUAGAAGGCACGUCUUAUGAGAAUACAGUAGAUUGAGUGAACAAGGGGUUUUCUCUUUGGAGGAAGGGAUGAGAGGUGACUUGAUAGAAGUGUAUAAUAUGAUAAGAAGCAUACAUAGAUUGGACAGCCAGAGACUUUUUCCAAGGGUGGAAAUGGCUAAUAUGAGGGGUUAUAACUUGAUGCACCAUCAAUAACUCACACUGAGACGUAAGGCGAGAUAUCGGCUUUUAUUGACUGGAAGAAGGAACCAGGAGUGAGUGUCUAUCAUACAAUGUCCUGGAGACUGAGGCCGAGCGUUAGGCCUCAGAUCUCCUUUAUACAGGGGCCUGUGGGAGGAGCCACAGGAGCAGUCAGCAGGGGGCGUGUCCCGACAGGCACAUAGUUCACCACAUAACUCGAAGGUGUUUGGAGUAAAGUAUGGGAAGAUGUCAGAGGUAGGUGUUUUUUUUUUACACAGAGAAUGGUAGGUGCAUCGAAUAUGCUAUCAGGGUUGGUAGUAGAGGCAGAUAGCUAAAGAACCUUUAAGAGACUUAGGAACAUGGAUGAAUAAGAAAUGGAGGUGCUAUGUGGGAUUGAUCUUGAAUAGGUUAAAGUGGGCACAGUGUCAUGGGCCAAAGGGCCAGUACUGUGGUGUACUGUUCUAUUUUUGUAAUAAUGUUUUUAUAAAUAAACAAUAUACCUGGA